CUGACUUUCUCUGGUUAACUUGUCAGCUGUGCGUUUUCCUGGUUUGUUAAUGGCUUUGCGCUCAACAAAAGCCCAACGAAACAGGAACACAAAAUACUUAAAAUGUAGUCUCAGUCGUCUUCUCACCACCUAAAACAAAAGUGACUUUUUUUUACAAGCAACAACAAUCAACAUGUUGCUCUUUUUUCUUUUGCUUUUUACGCAAAGUGACGCAUCGCCGAAAUCAGAAGACUCACAACUCUCCUCCCUUAGGUCCAUGUUGGACGACUUUGAUGUGCUGACGCCGUCAAGUGUUCAGGCUCACUCGGUCCGCCGCCGCGAUCUUCUCACCAGUCACAUGGAGAAAGAGAUCAGCUUCCACGCCCUGCAAAGACACUUCCGUCUCUACCUGAGGACCAAUGACCACAUCUUCACUGAAGACUUUCGUGCGUUGGUGGUGGACGCUGACGGGGAGCACGGUUACCACAUCAACAGACAACACUUCUUCACGGGACACGUCAUUGGAGAAGAGAACUCUCGCGUUCAGGCGCACAUGGACGAGCGCGACUUCUCCGCCCACAUCGUGAUACAGGGGACAGAGUUUAAUGUGGAGCCUUUGUGGAGGUUCACGGCACCCUCUGAUGGACGUCUGCUCAUCUACCGCUCUGACCACAUCCGGAAUCUCAGCCAACUGGGGCGGCCAUCUGUCUGUGGCUACGUGAACUCUGACCCUCGCCACCUGCUUCCUGAAGGCGUGGGCGCCAUGGAGGACGAGGAGGAGGAAGAGUGCACGUGGAGGGCAAGACGCAGUGUGCACGAGCACCAGAAAAACACCUGUCCCCUGCUGCUGGUGGCCGACUAUCGCUUCUUCAAGCACAUGGGGCGCAUGGAAGAGAGCACCACUCUCAACUACCUGAUUGAGCUCAUCGACCGCGUGGACGACAUCUACAGAAACACUACGUGGGAUGACGAGUUCUCCGGCUACGGCGUCCAAAUCCAGCAGAUCAUCAUCGAGAAGACACCCACCGCUGUGGAGCCAGGAACGAGCCACUUCAACAUGGCGGGAAGUCCAGUGGCAGGUCGAGACGUGUGGGACGUCAAGCGUCUUUUGGAGCAGUUCAGCGUGGACGUGGCGGAGAAGGCAGCCAACGUGUGCCUGGCGCACCUUUUCACCUACCAGGACUUUGAUGAGGGCACGCUGGGCCUCGCUUACGUGGCCCCCAAAAAACCCGACAUCCCAGGCGGUCUGUGCUCCAAAGGGUGUCCAUCUUCCAACGAGCGCGUCAUCUACCUCAACACGGGUCUGACCAGCACCAAAAACUACGGCAAGACCAUCCUGACAAAAGAAGCCGACCUGGUGACCACACAUGAGCUGGGACACAACUUUGGGGCCGAGCAUGACCCGGACAACGUUCCUUACUGCGCCCCUCGGGAGGACCAAGGCGGAAAAUAUGUCAUGUACCCCAUCGCUGUGAGUGGCGACCACAUCAACAACAAGGUCUUCUCCAACUGCUCCAAGCACUCCAUUGUGAAGCGUCUCCGGUCCAAGGCGGCAUCCUGUUUCAAAGAGAGGACAGUCAACGUGUGCGGGAACUCGCGUGUGGAACACAGCGAGGAGUGUGACCCGGGCCUGCUGCACAUCAACUCUGACCCCUGCUGCACCGCCGAGUGCCGCCUACGGCCUGGUGCAGAUUGCAGCGACCGGAACAGCGCCUGCUGUAAGAAGUGUCAGCUGGAGGCGGCGGGCGAAGUGUGCCAGGAGCCCAUCGAUGCCACCUGCAAGGGUCACUCCUACUGCACAGGGUCCAAUAAAGACUGUCCUCCGCCGCAGAACGCUCCAGACAAAACAUCCUGCUUGGACAGCGGCGAGUGUCAGGACGGCGAGUGUGUCCCUUUCUGUCUCGCCGUCCUCAAGCUGCAGCCCUGCGCCUGCAAUGAGACCAACGCUUCCUGUAAGGUGUGCUGUCGCGGAAAUGGCGGUGUGUGCGCUCCCUACCGGGACACGGCGGGUCAUUUCCUGUUCCUGCGUAAAGGCAAACCGUGCACGGUGGGCUUCUGUGACGGAGCGGGGAAGUGCAUGAAGCAGGUGCAGGACGUGGUGGAGCGUCUUUGGGACUUUAUCGAAAAGCUGGACAUCAACACCUUCGCCAAGUUCCUGGCUGACAACAUUGUGGGCUCCGUGGUGGCGUUCUCCCUUCUCUUGUGGAUCCCAUUAAGUGUGCUCGUGCACUGCGUGGACAAGAAACUGGAUCAGCAGUACGCGCAGACCACCAAGUCUCUCUUCUUCCCCAGCAACGCAGAACUCCUGAGCAGCCUGGAAUGUGCUUCCGUGCGGAUCUUCAAACCUUCCAGCCAGACUUCUGGCGGCCCACGUUUCCGAGCAUCCAGCCCUGCCCCCCCGGACAGCCCCCGCAUGGCCACCAUCGCGGAGUACCCCAGCUUUGACGAGGAGGCGCUGCAGGAGGCGUUUGGGCGGCCGCAGAGAUCAGCGCCCCGUUCCUUCGAGGACCUGACGGAGCCAAGUGUGGCGCUCAGAAAACUAGGAGAGAAGCGUCACGUGGACUCCAAGGAGACACAGUGCUGAGCAGUCAUUUAGAGACGUUGAAGUUAGCGGUGUUGCCAUGGUAACACACAAGCUUAUAUUAAAAGAAAGACAAAAAAUGUGUGGUUUUACUUUAUUCAACAAAGUAGAAACAAAACGUGAAAAAAAAGUCACAUCAUAGGUGGUCUCUCAGAGGGUGGGGCAAAGUGCGUCGUAGAGCCGAUGCACAGCGACUUCCAACAUCUCCCUCAAAGACUCGUCAUCCGUGCACGUUACAACCUGCGGGUCAGCGUAGCUUAGCAUGGAGACUGGAAGCAGGCUAGCUAGCAGCUAUUGACAACUUAAACACUGACACUCACUCUGCUCUCUGGAUCGAUGAUCGCUGACACGCCGUCCACGCUGAUCGUUAAAUUUUUCUCGUCUUUGACAUGUACGCAGUCGUCUCCAAACAUGUCGCUACAAAAACAGUCAUUGGUUCAUUUGUCAUCAAUAAACACCUG